AAACUCACAAAAGCCUGGCUUGAGGCUAUAGAAGUGUUAUUGUCAAAGUUGUUGCGUUGGCAGAGAGUUUGACAUCGCCCAUUUUUCUGUCACAUAAUUUUCCUUUGUUUACUAUCCUGUAAAUGGCGGAAGAGAUCAAGGUUGUUCCACAGUCAGAGAAAGAGAGUGAAGUGGAAAUCGAGAUGAAUGAUAUUAAGUUAGAAGGAAACAUGGACGUACCCGCUGUACUGCAAAAUACGGGUAUGGCAGCUAUGAAGUUAUCAGGGUCAUCAGCCAGAGAAUGGAUCACCAAGCACCGUCAAACGGUUCAGCCAUGGUCUACAUUCGUCAGCACAUCUCGGUUUACCAAGCCUACAUCUGUGGCUGUAGCAGGCACUAGGGUGGUCAAAAACAUCGAGCAUUUCCAGAGCAAUUAUCUCUUUGUGUUCAUCAUCCUCGCUAUCUAUUGUAUAAUGACUUCACCGAUGCUGAUCAUCUUUCUGGGUGCUCUCUUUGGAGCUUUCUAUUGGAUCAAUGUGAAAAAUCAGAGCAGAAAACUCAAGAUUGGAAGUUAUGAAUUGACGCUGAUACAGCAGUAUGGUGCUGUGGCAAUGCUGUCCAUUCCUCUGUUCUUCCUUGCUGGUGCUGGAUCAGCAGUCUUCUGGGUUCUAGGUGCCUCAUUCUUCUUCGUCAUGCUUCAUGCUGUGUUCUACAACCCCCAGGAUCAACUAGAGGAAUUGCAAAUGGAAGAAGUAUCAUUUGGCAGUGCAUGAAGUCCCUCGCAAGCAAACACUUCAUAACACCCCUACAAUUUGUCUGAUGGAUGUACGUUGCUCAAUCCUGCUUCAUAUUGUAUUCACCUUGCAUUCUAUGAGACUGUUCCAUUUUCAUUAAAAGGGAUUUCAUCAACGCAAUAUGAAAUCAUAAGACAACAACUUUUUGUAUGUAGUUUGUAUAUCACAUUUGUGAUGAAAGUUAUACACGUAUUUUUUUUAAUAGUGUUAUAUAUAUGUAUAUUAGCACAGAUAUUUGUUUUGAGUGCCGACAUAAAGUAAAAAUGGUUUAAGCCAGCAUUAUUAUGUUUUGUAAUGCUCUACACUCAACUUAUAUCAUGAUGCUUCGUAGGCUGAGAUACAACAUUAACCAUGGAAUGUGGGAUUAGUUAUAUUGUCUGGUGUGAUCAGAGUGGCAUCUCUUGGAUGUUAAUUAGUAAGAUUAAUGCUAUAGCAAAGCUGCCAACCCUUACAAAUAAUCUGGGAUAUUCUGAUUUUCUUGAUUUCUAGUACCUAACAAAUCCAGAAUAUUCUGAUUUUGCUUGUGCUAAAGCCAAAUUAAGCUUGUUUUAACAUGUGCCGCGAUUUGAGAGUUCACGUAUUGUGUGCAUUGAAUGGCUGCAUGAUCGGGCAGCGAAUUUGUAUUCACUUUUUGGUACAGAUUAACUGUGUAUUGCCAAUUACACUGCAGCAACAAGUGCGAUUUCUUAUUUUCGAAGGCAUACCAUGCUAAAAAUUUGUAAUUCCUAUUUUCAAAUGUUGGCAGGUAUGCUAUAGAUCUGAUUAAUACAUAUUAUUAAGGAAACAAAAUCGUAUAGACCUACAGUCUGGAUCUAAACCAUGACUAAUCUAUAAUUCUUUGGAUAAAUACUCAUGCACUGGUCUGUGUUGUUGGUGAAUCAAGGUGUUACACAGAAAGGCGUAUCUAGGUGAUUGAAGAUAAUUGAAACUUCUUAACCCCUGUAAAGUUAUGAUGUAGUCAGCAUUGGGAGGUCAAAGGUCAAAGUAAUAAAUGAGCCUCAUCACUCUGAAUAGGUCAUGUAAAUGUGUGUGAAGUACCAUUGAUGUCUAUCAAAUGGAUAGCUAAUUGAUGCACUCCACUAAUAAACAAGUGAAGCCUGCAUACAGCCA